AUGUCUCUUAAAAAGGGCACCGAAAAAAGUACUAGCGGUGAUGGAGUCCUGGACGGAAGUACGUUGAUAUUGGAUUAUCUCCGAAAGCAGAAGUAUGCAUCAACCAUUUCGCCCAUAUUCGGUCUGUUCCCUCGACGACGACAAGCUAUCGAUAUCUCUGCGAAUCUACAUAACAAGGUUACCAAAACCUACACAGCCAAGGCUCUCAAGGAACUGUGCCACAACAAAAAAGUUGCUGGAAAGACAUCUGGGAAACAAACUGUUUACCAUGCUCUACAAGAGGUUCCUGAUGAAGCCAUACCAGAGGCAGUGGCUGCCGUGGAUAAGGAGAUGGAGUUGCUACUUCAGCAACUCACCCGUCUUAAGGGAGACCAAAAAAAAGUGCAGACAGAAUCGGUAGUUUUUUGCGCGAAACCUUUACUCUCCGAGCUCCAUGAUGACAUCAACCACCUUGCCCAAGAACGAGAAACCAUCCUCGCACGUCUGUCGCAGAAUGUAGAAAGAGGUUUUCGCCACAUAUCUAAGGAGGAAAAAUCUGACAUCCAUCAAGACUGGAAAAGCUGGCGGAGACAUGUCAGCCUGCGCAGCCGGAUUUGUCGUGACUUAUGGCAGAAGUGUUCGGAGGUUAUGCCGGGAAAUAUGAGUCGAACGGAGCUCUGGGAAUCCUUAGGGCUAGAAGGAGACCCUCUUGACUAA